AUGCAGGAAUCUGCCUUCACCCAUGCAGGAAUCUGCCUUCACCCCGGCAGCAGUGGGCAACGUGACAUGCUGAAAUCCCAUCAGCUAGUCAAGCAUCAUAUGUUACCCCACCCCACCUUCCGCCCCACCUUCCGCCCCACCUUCCGCCCCACCUUCCGCCCCACCUUCCGCCCCACCUUCCGCCCCACCUUCCGCCCCACCUUCCGCCCCACCUUCCGCCCCACCUUCCGCCCCACUUUCCGCCCCACCAGCCGCCCCACCUUCCGCCCCACCUUCCGCCCCUCCUUCCGCCCCACCUUCCGCCCCUCCUUCCGCCCCAUCUUCCGCCCCAUCUUCCGCCCCCUUCCCACCCCUUCCCCUUCCCGGCCUGCCCCUCCCCCCACCCACGCAUGUAUCUGCGUUCAACCCGGCAGCAGAGGGCACCAUGACGUGCCGAAACCUGAUGGUUGCAGGUCGUGUUCUUUUUUACUCUCAAAAACGGCCCGCAGAUUCAUUCAGUCUGUCAGGCUCUUCCACUAUUAG